ACAGGAAGCCAUUAUAUUCGGGCCUUACUAGUUUGUUUUGUCUUUGGAUCUCUUAGGGGGAACAUUUGAUUCUUCUUUUUGCCCAACACCAAACCAAAAACAUACCCUUUUUUUUUUUUUUUUUCCAAUCUUUUUCUCUCAUUCAAAACCCCAAACCUUUAACCCCUUUUAUUUGUCUUCUCAAGAUCUAUCAAAGGUAAACAUAAAUUCUUCACCUUUUCAUCUUAUCUAUAUAAUUUACAUUACAAAGAUUUCAUCUUUUAAUAUCCUUUUCCUUUUCCUUUUCCUUUUCCUUUCAUGCUCCCUAUGAUUUCUCAGUUUGAAGGCUUCAUAUUAGUCUUAGGUUAAGUUUUGUCAAUUAGGGUUUAUCAAUUUUUUGCCAAUUCUUUCUUUGGAAAAUUUCAAUCUUGGAGCUUUUUUUUUUUUUUUUAUGAUUUUGAGAAAUACGCGGAUUAGUUUUUCAAUGGAUGAAACUGAAGAGAAGUUUGGUUUAGUUAGUAAUGCUACAGAACUUUAGUAGCUGUUAGUGAACUGUCGUUGAUUCUAUGGCUUAACUCUUUUCACUCUUUUGUUUUAUCACUAUAAUUUAUAUGGUAUAAAAAUGUGUCUUUUUCAGGUUUUUUUUUUUUUUUUUUUUUUUUUUCAAUCCUGGAGCUUUAGUUUUGAUGAUUUUGAAAAAUACCCAGAUCAGUUAUUGAAUGGAUGAAGCAAAAGAGGAGGGUGGUUCAGUGAGUAUUGCUACAGAAUCUUCCAUAACUGUUAGUGAAACUGUGGUUGAGGCAAUGGUUUGCGAGGGUCAUAUUCAGAUUGAGGAAGGAGGGGAAGGGGGUCCUAGAAAUGGAGAUGAUGUAAUGGUGGAGGUUUUGGGUUCUCAUGUUUAUGUAGAUGGUGUUUGUACUACUGAUGGGGGAGAUGGAGGUGUGAUUGGGGCUGGUUCGAAUGAUGAAGCAGUUAAUGGUCCCAAUGAGUCCAGUGAAGUUGGUUUGGAGCGUAAUUUGCAAAGCAUAGAUGGUGAAGGCGAUGCAGCUGGUGAGUUGGGUUCAAGGAGUGAGGUUUCAGGUGGUAAAGCUGAGGCCCAGAAUGAGGUAAAUGGAGCUGCGGCUGAAGUUUCUGGUGCACCUGGUAGUUCUGCAGGUGGAGAAACUGGUGAGAAUGCAAAACGUACUAGUGCAGUGGAUGAACGUUGGGGAGAUGCAAAUCAAGCUUUGGAGACACAAAAAGUUGGUGAUCUGGAUGGUGAUGAAUUAAAUCAUGGAAACCAGAAAGCAGUUUUAUUUUCUUCCGCUGUAUCUGAAGAUUCAAGUGUGCAAACUAAAGUUGUUGAGGUAGUUGCUAUGGUUACCGAUGGGGACAAUUUGAAUACUCUUGAUGGUGCCUAUGAAACCAUAUCUGACGCAACGAAGAAAACUGCUGAUGUUGGUAUUGAUGCCAAAUCCUUGCAUGUGAAGACAAAGGAUACUGCUGAAGAUGUUCCCCAUUCUGAUACUAAAGAUUCGGUUUAUUCAUGUCACUCACCUGAAUUGGUUGUUGAAAGUCAAUUGGAGGAGAAGGUUAAUACAAACAUGGAACUUGACAAGCAAGGUACUGAUUCUGAGCAAAGUCAGAUGGAAGUUAAUACUCCUCACCAGGGCACCGACAAGCAUGCAACAGGAAAUGACCAAAGCAUAAAGGCUGAGACAGUUAUUAACAGAGGAGAGGAAAUUGAUUUAAGUAUGGGGGAAGCUAUGGAUGUUCAAAAGCAGGUUUCUAAUGCCAAAAAUGUUGAUUUUGAUGCAGAGCAAGAUGUUAAAGUUCAAGAAGAGCCUGUUAAAAUUGAGACAAUGGGUAUUGGCAUUGAAAAUCACAGAAACGCAUGUGAAGAUUCAGAACUGUUGGGUCACCAAACAGAUGUAUUUGUUGGUAGUAAAGGAGGUGAAGCCUCAAAAGUUGAUAAUGACAUUUCAAACCAAGUAUCUCCCUAUUUUGCUUCUGAUAAGGUGUUUCAUUCCUUGGGAAAUGAGGAUCAGGUAGGUAAGAAGGCAGCUUCUGAGGAUGAUUCAAGUGUAGGGCAAUAUAUGAAAGCUGAAGAACAAGUUACUGGUGAUGAACAGGAUGGUUUAGACCAAGUGCAAGAAAUGGAAGUUGAAGAACAUGAUACUGAUUCUGAACAGCCAACCAACAUCGAUGAAAAGACUGUUAAACAAACAGCUCUAAAGUCUGCUAGUGCAGUAAAGGUCCAUCAAGCUAAGUACCAGCUGCUGUCAGAGGAAGAAGGUGAAUUUUCUGUUUCUGAUUUAGUCUGGGGUAAGGUGAGGAGCCAUCCCUGGUGGCCAGGACAGAUCUUUGAUCCUUCAGAUGCUUCUGAGAAGGCAGUGAAGUAUCAUAAGAAGGAUAGCUUUCUGGUAGCCUACUUUGGGGAUCGAACAUUUGCUUGGAAUGAAGCAUCUCUUUUGAAGCCAUUUCGAUCACAUUUCUCGCAGAUAGAGAAGCAGAGUAAUUCAGAAUCAUUUCAGAAUGCAGUCAAUUGUGCUUUGGAAGAAGUCUCUAGACGGGCAGAGCUAGGUUUGGCUUGCUCUUGUAUGCUGCAGGAUGCCUAUGCCAAGAUAAAAUUCCAAAAAGUUGAGAAUACCGGAGUUCAGCAAGAAUCAAGUAUAAGAGAUGGUGUUGAUAUAUCUUUGAGUGCUAGUUCUUUUGAACCUGAUAAAUUAGUUGAAUAUAUAAAAGCAUUAGCAGAGUCUCCAUCUGGUGGGGGUGAUCGACUCGACCUUGUGAUUGCUAAAGCUCAAUUGUUGGCAUUCAAUCGUUUAAAAGGUUAUCAUCAGCUGCCUGAAUUCCAACCUGGCAGAGGUUUAAGUGAAAAUGAAGCAGAUAACCCAUAUUCUGAAGAGAAAAUGCAGUUUGACGAGGAAAUUGAGUGUGCUACUCCUAUGGAUACAGAUGUUGAGCAAAUUUCCUCUGGCAAGGAGACAUCAAAAACUCAGAGAAGCUAUUACCUUAAACGGAAGCAUAAUCUGAAGGAUGGGUUAUAUCCUAGUAAAAAGGAAAGAAGCUUGUCUGAGUUGAUGGGUGAAACAUUUGAUUCGCCUGAUGCUGAAAAUGGAUCUGAUGGGAUAGCUAAUAAGCUCCUUUCAUCAUCAUCUGGCAGGAAAAGAAAAGCUGUCAAUUCCUUUGAGGACUCAGUGAUGCAGGAAGGGAGGAAGACAAUUUCUCUUGCCAAAGUGUCUCUAACCACAUCUCAUCUCCCAAAGCCUUCCUUCAAAAUUGGUGAGUGUAUUCGUAGAGCUGCUAGCCAAAUGACUGGAUCUCCUUUGAUUCUAAAAUCUAGUGGUGAUAGGUUACAGAAGCUUGAUGGAGGCGGUGAAAAUCCUGCUGCAGAUGGAUAUGAUGUUCCUGUUGAUAAUUUUGAGGAUGCCCAGCGAAAGAGGAUGAAUAUUGCAACCGAAUACUCAUCAGUAGACGAGUUGUUAUCACAACUUCAUCUAGCAGCUUGCGAUCCAAUGAAAAGUUAUAGUUCUUUUAAUGUUAUUGUUGGCUUCUUCUCUAAUUUCAGAGAUUCAGUGGUUCUGGAUCAACUUCCUGGGCACAAAGCAGGUGGCAAAAGGAAGAAGUCACCCUAUCCUUUUAUUGGUUCUCCAGAAACUUUUGAGUUUGAGGACAUGAAUGAUACUUAUUGGACUGACAGAAUAGUCCAAAAUGGUUCUGAAGAGCACCCAUCACAUGGAAAUGGAAGGGGACAAUAUCAAAUUGUGCCUGUUUUAUUAGAGAAACCGCUUCAAAAAGGCCGUAAGUCUCGAAAACGAUAUUCUGAUGUCAAUCAUGAUUUGACAGCACAGAAACCUGGAUAUGUUGAUGAGAGGGCCCCAGCAGAACUUGUUAUGAACUUCUCUGAGAUUAAUUCUGUUCCUUCAGAAACAAAACUAAAUAAGAUGUUCAAGCACUUUGGACCAUUAAAGGAAUCUGAGACAGAAGUUGAUCGUGAAACCAGCCGUGCCAGAGUUGUUUUUAGAAGAUCGUCUGAUGCAGAAGUUGCCUAUAAUAGUGCUGGAAAGUUCAACAUAUUUGGGCCAGUGGCUGUAAAUUAUCAACUCAACUACACUAUAUCUCAAUCAUUCAAAGCUUCAUUGUAUGCUCCGACCCUAGCUGAGGAGAAUCCACUCAUUGCUUCAGCCCUAUGUGGGGACCACGAGCUGGUUGCCUCUACCCUGGGUGAGGAAACUUCACUCAUUGCCCCAAGCCUAGGUGAGGAAGAUUCAUUCAUGGUUUCAACCCUUGGUGAGGAAACUUUACCCAUUGCUAUGAGUUUCCAUGAGGAACCUUCACUCAUAGGCUCAACCUUAGGUGAGGGCACUUUGGCCAUUCCCUCAUCCUUAGUCGAUGGAACUUCAGUCAUUACCACAACCAUGUAUGAGGAAACGUUGCCCAUUUCCAGAACUUCAGUCAUUACCACAACCAUGUAUGAGGAAACGUUGCCCAUUUCCACAACCAUGUACGAGGAAACGUUGCCCAUUGCCACAACUGCAGGUGAGGGAACAAUUGAUAUUGCUACAACUAUUGGUGACCAAACUUUUAUGGUUGCCACAACUAUAGGUGAACAAUCUUCAACAAUUGUCACAACUGUUAGUGAGCAAACCUCGACGGUUGCUGCUACCUUGGUUGAAGAAGCUUCUCUCUUCACUGUGACCUUGAGCAAAGAAACUGCAACCAUCGCCACAACAUUGGGUGAGGAAACUUCAACAGUUAAUGUAGGCUUGGGUGAGGAAACUUCAAGCAUUGCUACCUUAGGUCAAGAAACCAUUUCCACAACCUUGGUUGAAGAAACUCCUACCUAUCCUGUGACCUUAACAGAAGAAACUCCUAGUAUUUCCAGAACAUUGGGCGAAGAAACUCCAGCCAUUCCUACAACCUUCAGUAAAGAAACACCGGCCAUCCCUCCAACCUUCAGUGAAGAAACUCCUAUCAUUCCCUCAACUUCCAGUGAAGAAACUCCUAUCAUUCCUCCAACCCUCAGCGAAGAAACUCCUAUCAUUCCUGCAACCUUGGGUGAGGAAACUCAGACCAUUCCUAUAACCAUGGGUGAGGAAACUAUGGCCAUUCCUGCAACCUUGGGUGAGGAAACUACAAUUGUCCCCACGACCUUGCAUGAGGAAACUCUGGCUUUGCGGACAACUUUGGUUGAGGAAACUCCUACUAUUACCGCUACAUUGGGCGAGGAAACUCCCAUCAAUCCUACAACCUUGGGUGAGGAAACUACAACCAGUCUCACAACCUUGGGUGAGGAAUCUUCGAUUAUUCCCACAAUCUUGGCCGAGGAAACUUCAACUACUCCCUCAACCUUGGGUGAGGAAGCUUCAACUGUUCUCACAACUAAUGGUGAGCAAACAUCAACUGUUUCCACGACUACAGAAACGGAGACUUUGCCCCCUGCUGUGGCUGAAAACAAGGAAUCUGCAACUUAAUAUCUCCACUGUCAAAAUUUCCUGGAAAUUUCAGGCGUGAAAACAUCCUGAGGUUCUGAUGUCAGUGUGACUCUGGUAGGGUUGAUUCAACUUGCCAUUGAAGAAAGAAGGCAACUAGACAGACAGCUCACAUGGUGCAACUUAAAUCUUUCUGCUCGGAUUCUUUCUUUCUUGAAUUACGCUAUAAGCUGCAUGGUAUUGUACAAAUGCUCCGGCUAGUGUAAUAUAAUAGCCAUUUUAGAUGACCUUUUCAUAGAUGCUAUCCUUGAGGACUAGGAGAAUUUCGUUGUAGAAUCAAGCUGCCUAUCUAUUAUUCAUGGCUGUUUAUCAUCGUGCAUGUCUUACAACGGGUGAUAAGUCAUCGGUUAUCAAUUAAAAGAUACGUGGAUGUCAAGCCUUGGGCAGUCAUUUUCUCCCACAUCCUGCAGUCACCUAUUUUUU